AUGGGUGCCCCAGCUCUGCUCGCUAGUAUCUCAAAGCUACUGGUACUCUCUUAUAUUCUCGACUGGGUGUUUAUUAUAGCCGUGGCACUAUUUGGAUAUGCAUUUUACAAGCAAACGCCAAACCAGCACCCCUUCUCUUUAACGGACCCAAGCAUUUCAUUUCCAUAUACAGAGAACGAGACCGUCACAACCUCAACCCUUCUCCUCGUCUCAGUGCUUGCUCCUGCUGCUAUCAUUUUAAUCGGUGCCCUGGCAAUUGUCCCCGGAACAGCUGCUUCUGCCGGUUUCAAACCAUCCAAGUCUCAUACUCUGCGUCGCAAAUUAUGGGAGUGGAACGCCGGAUGGAUGGGACUGGGUGUAGCAUUGGCUGGUGUAUGGAUGUCUACUCAGGGACUUAAAGUUUUGUUCGGAAAACCGCGUCCAGAUCUGCUAGCGCGUUGCAAUCCAAACCUCGACGAUAUUGCGACCUACGCGGUUGGUGGGCUCGGCGAAAAGUUAUCAGGUGCCGCUACCCUCGUCUCAUACAAAAUUUGUCAAGACCAGUCUUCGCUUGUGACAGUUGACGGGUUUUCAAGUUUUCCGAGUGGUCAUUCAUCCUUUUCUUUCUCCGGGUUGGGCUAUUUAACAUUGUGGCUAUGCGCCAAAUUCUCUGUUGGGUUUCCCUACCUUCCAUCCUAUCCCAUUGAAGGGGAUAGUCACAAAGAUGAACGAUCCUCGGUUCGCACGCGCGCCGCGGCGCCUCCUGUUCCGCUGAUGGUCAUCACUUUCGUCCCCACCGCCACUGCAUUUUUCAUCGCCGCAUCUCGGUGGUUCAACUAUCGACACCAUGGGUUUGACAUUAUAUUUGGAUCUCUGAUGGGGAUGUUCUUUGCGUGGUUUGGUUUCAACAUGUAUCACCUCCCCAUUCGGCGAGGGGCAGGCUGGGCUUGGGGACCGCGAGUUCGUCGUCGAGCUUUCAUGCGCGGUAUUGGCUUUCCAAGCUCCCUUGGGAUCGACAGCUGGGCAUAUAACCGGAGUGAGCCCACCAAUGAACAGCCUGAGAUAGACUUGGAAAAUGGCAAUGGCAACACCAACGGCAACGGCCACAGCGAAGUCAACGGCCACUCCAGGAAUCAUGUCAACGAAAACGAGCCCGUGCCCCUACAGGAAUGGCCAAUGCGAUCACCCGUGUCCCCCAUGUCUGAGAGGCCUCAUAUGGUAUGA